AUGAAGGAAGAUUGACCGCACGGACCUCAGUUGUGCGCUAAACUUUGCAAACGUCGGGCUACUCGGUCCGCGGAUCUUUCGAAAAAUCACUCGAAAAAUCAGUCGAAAAAUCAGCCGAAAAAUCAGCCGAAAUGGAGUCAAUCAACUUGGUGAUCUACAUGGUCCUGCUGAUGUCACCGCUACUCGGGGGAAGCCAAGCACUGCCCUAUCGCUCGCCCGCAUAUCUGUACGAUCAGCAGUUCUGCAUGGAUACGGUGACGGGCCAGAACCUUUACAUAGGCGAGGUCCUCACGCGAAAGGACCACUGCGUCCGGGUACAGUGCCUGGAGACGCUGCAGCUCUGGGAGGACAGCUGCCAGGUGCCCAAGCUGACCAAGGGCGACUGCAAGCCGGUGGCAGCCACGGAGGAGAGCACGGAGUAUCCCCGCUGCUGCCCACUGUACGAGUGCAGGAGCUACGAGAGCCAUGCCGGUGGCAACCUGGAGCAGAUCAACACGUACGACCACUACGGAACCCUGCGAUCCUCACAUGUCUCCGAGUUCCUGGUCAUCGACCAGAGAGGCCGCCCCAGGGAAGAGAUUCCCUCGGCGCCGGCGAGAAAGUAUGUGGUGUGAAGAGUCACCCGGAAAUGCCCACUGUACGUCGCCUUUGGUUAGUUAGUAAUGUUUAUUUAAUUUUGGUAUCAGAAGAACAAAGGAAAGGUUGUUGCCGAAGAGGAACUACGUUUUUGUGUUUAUAAAAAUCAAUAAAUCAAUUUAUAACCACAAAAA